CCGAAUAAAAUACCAUGAAUAAAAAACCAUCAGGGUAUGACUUCAAGAAAAGGCGCGAAGAGAAAGAAGCUAAAGAGGCUGAUUGCGUAAAAAAAACGCGGAAGCUCGAUUGUUAUUUUCGGAGCCAAGAUGCUAGCACCUUUGAGAAAAUACCAUCAGCAACUGAUAGCAAUGCGUCCGAUACAAAAGAUCUAUCAGAAGAGAUGGAAAGUGGUUUAUCAGAGGAAAAUGAAGCAACAGAAAAGAUGGAAGUCGAAGAAAUAUCGCCAUCUUUAGGUGCAUCGGUAUUGAUUGCAGAUUUGGAAAUUGAUAUAUCUGACGUGGCCAAUUUUCCAUCAACAUUGUCAGAGAAUCUGAGAACGCGUAUUAUUCAAACAGGCCCAAAUCAAAUUGAUAUGAAAUUCCCGAUUACGAAUGGGCGUACAUUUUCCUCAAAUUAUUAUUCUAAAACGCUCACGAAUAACGAAAGAGUUAAACGGGAAUGGUUGAUUUAUUCAAGGCAGCUUGAUUCAGUUCAUUGUUUUUGCUGUUUACUUUUCAAUUCAAAUGCACAACUCAAUCCGUUCAACGCAAGUCAAGGCUUUUCAGAUUGGAGACAUUUGUCGCAAGCAAUUCAACGUCAUGAAACUUCAGCAAGUCAUUUGGAUAAUUUCUGUAUUUGGAAGGAGCAAUUCAACAGAUUAUCGAAUAACACUACGAUUGAAUGUCAAUUGGAAAAGAGUUUGUUGGAUAGAAAGAAGCAAUUGAAGCAGGUGUUUGAACGAUUUGUUGCAAUGACAAUGUUUUUGGCACGACAAAAUAUUGCAUUUGCCGGAACGGACAAUACGAGUGGCAACUUUUAUGAACUGGCUCAAACUAUUGGUGAAUUUGAUUUGGUGAUGAAAAAUCAUUUAGAAAGUAGCUCUCGAAAUAAAUAUCUAGGCCCCGCAACACAGAAUGAACUCAUCACUAUCGUUGGAAAUAAAGUGCGACAACACAUAAUCGACCAAAUCAUUGAAAGCAAGUAUUAUUCGUUGAUUUUGGAUUGCACAUCAGACGUGAGUCGUCAGGAGCAGAUGACGUUUGUUAUUCGAUAUGUACACUUUGAUGUCGACAAGCGAUUUUUUCAAAUCAAAGAGAGUUUUAUCGAGUUUGUUGAUGUCAGCGAAACGACUGGAAAGGCGAUGGCCGAUAUCGCUGUUAACAAUCUAAAUAAACACAAAAUCGAAAUCAAAAAUAUGCGAGGUCAGGGAUACGACAACGGAUCGAAUAUGAAAGGCAAGCACAUCGGUGUACAAGCGCAAAUUCAAAGUAUAAAUCCGUUGGCUGUAUUUAUCCCAUGCUCAAAUCAUACAUUGAACUUGUCAUUGAAUGACGCUGCAUCAGCUUCUAUUGAAGUUUGUGCUUUCUUUGCUACGGUACAGAAGAUUUACACUUUUCUUUCAGCAUCAACUACUCGUUGGGAUAUUUUGAAGAAGCAUUGCACAUCUAUUCAUGAUUUGGUGCCAAAAGCAUUAAGUACAACACGUUGGUCGGCGCGAUUAAAUGCAAUUAAGCCGCUUCGUAGAAAUCUCAAUAAAAUCCUUACAACACUCGAUGAAAUCAGCAAUUCUGAGUCAUUUGAACCAUCUGUACGGUACGAGGCGGAAUGCAUAAUAAACUUCAUUGAUUUUAAAUUCAUUUGUUCGGUCUGUAUAUGGCACGCAAUAUUGGAAAAUUUUGACCGCGUAUCAAAACUGAUGCAACGUAUUGACAUGAAUUUAAGCGGCGUUGAAACUCUCUUAUCUGAUAUUAGUCAGUUUUUAGCUGAAUACAAAGAAAACGGAUAUGAACGUGCUAUUACAGAAGCCACCGAAAUUGCCGAUGAAUUGGAAAUUCCGGCGAAUUUCGAACAAACCCGAAGAGGAAGACCUCGCCGAAACGAGACAGAUCCGGAAAAAUUGUUCAAAGAAAACUUUUUUGAUUUUGUUGUCGACGUUGCAUCCGAAUCGAUUGAGGAUCGAUUCAAAGUGAUUAAUUCACACAGCAAAUUGUACGCGUUUCUUUAUGAGUAUAAGGAGUUCAACGCACUCUAUUCAAGUGGCGAAUUGAUUACGCAUUGCAAACUUUUGAAAGAAACUCUGACUCACAACAACGAAUCCGAUAUCGAUGCCGAGGAAUUAUGUAACGAACUGCGCAUAGUUGGCAAAAUAAUGGAAAGCCACCAAAUUGAACAUACCAUCGACAUUUUGAAUGAAAUCGCAAAAAAGAGAUUAGAAAACUCACUACCAAAUGCGGUCAUUGCCUACAAGAUCCUCCUGACGCUUCCUGUAAGCGUUGCAACAGGAGAACGCACCUUUUCGAAAUUGAAGUUGACCAAAACGUACUUACGAAGCACAAUGCUGCAGGAACGACUCAGCAAUUUAGCGAUAAUUUCUAUUGAACAGGAUGUAGCAAAAACAUUGAAUUACGAUCAAAUUAUUGAUGAAUUUGCCCACCUCAAAGCUAGAAAAUGCAAUUUCGAUUAA